CACCGGUGGAAGAAAUGAAAGUAAGUGUAGCAGCGUCCUCGCACCUGACACUCACCUGGCUGCCUCCAGCAGCUCCUAACGGGGAGAUUGAACUUUACGAAGUCAUGUACAAGACUGUACUGCGACCAUCACUGUCAUCUGCCUUCUAUGACCGCAACCAAGUGUGUGGUGAAGAUUUCGAGAGACCUGGGGAAGUGUCCAAGGAGCCGGUGGUGUCACACGAGGAGAGGACUUCGGUAUCUCCUCUUCACGAGAAAGUUGAUGUUAGCCUGGGUGAGGGAUUUAACCUAACUCAAGGACUCAACUUGACUAGGACACAGACCCUCAACCAUAAUUGCUGUGCUUGUCCUCUCACCCACACACUCGUCUCCAAAGAAGAUAGACAGCAUGAUAUAGAGUUUGAGAACUAUGUGAUAAGACAUGUUUAUAUCAAGAGCAGGACCGUGGUGACCGAGGUGGGAGCCAGGCUGAAGAGACAGGUGCCACGCCAAGCCUUCCACACUACACCUACUUCUGCUAAUGAUACAGGUGAGGUAUUAUCUUCUGAACCCUUCAGGUGGGAAUAUUGAUGCUGGUGAAGGACA